UUCGCCCGAUUCAUGCCGCCAUGGCUUGUUCAGCCAAUAGCAGCAAAAAAUACCAACACCAGCGCAGCUACAGACUGAAAUUUUGUGUAUGUGCACAACCUUCGACGAUUGUGUGGGUGUCGAGGGAGAAUGCGAGUUAUAUGUCAAAGCGAGCGCUAAAAGGCAACCAUUAAUUUUUAACCUUUCUAUCAAAUCGCGUAUUGAUUCCCCAGUGAAUGUUUGAAUUCCAGAGCAAUCGAUUCUAAGUAGUUAGUGGUCACUAAAAGCGAAUACAAUGAGCUACCAAGUAGAGGCUUUGAAUUCUUCCCAUCUGGAGUUGCAAGGCGGUGGUAGUGGGGCCGAGCUUCGUCGGCCUUUUGAUCCUACUGCUCAUGACUUGGAACCAUCCUUUCGAUUGACAAGAUUUGCUGACCUAAAGGGUCGUGGAUGUAAAGUGCCCCAAGAGGUUCUUGGCAAAUUGGUUGCGGCAUUGCAACAGGAUUACUCUAGUGCUUCGGAUCAGGAUGCCCAGUUCUUGAAUAUGGCAAUACCACGCAUUGGUAUUGGUUUGGAUUGCUCUGUUAUACCGCUACGACACGGUGGUCUCUGUUUGGUACAGACCACUGACUUUUUCUACCCUAUUGUAGAUGAUCCGUAUAUGAUGGGGAAAAUCGCUUGUGCCAAUGUUUUAAGUGACUUGUAUGCUAUGGGAGUAACCGAUUGCGAUAAUAUGUUGAUGUUGCUUGCUGUCAGUACUAAAAUGACGGAAAAGGAACGAGAUGUGGUUGUUCCAUUGAUUAUGCGGGGUUUUAAAGACUCUGCUUUGGAAGCAGGUACAACCGUAACUGGUGGCCAAAGUGUAGUAAAUCCAUGGUGCACGAUUGGUGGUGUAGCUUCAACAAUUUGCCAACCUAAUGAGUACAUUGUUCCCGACAACGCAGUAGUGGGUGAUGUUUUGGUACUCACCAAGCCGCUUGGUACGCAGGUUGCUGUGAAUGCUCAUCAAUGGUUAGAUCAACCCGAGCGGUGGAAUCGCAUUAAACUUGUAGUUUCUGAAGAGGAUGUUCGCAAGGCCUACCAUCGCGCAAUGAAUUCAAUGGCUCGCCUUAACCGCACCGCAGCUAGGCUCAUGCACAAAUAUAACGCACAUGGUUCGACAGACAUAACUGGCUUUGGAUUGCUAGGUCAUGCACAAACUCUUGCUUCGCAUCAAAAGAAAGAUGUUUCAUUUGUCAUUCAUAACCUUCCUGUAAUUGCAAAGAUGGCUGCAGUGGCAAAGGCAUGUGGAAAUAUGUUCCAGUUGUUGCAAGGUCACUCGGCAGAAACUUCUGGAGGUCUUCUUAUAUGCUUGCCGCGAGAACAAGCAGCUGCUUAUUGCAAGGACAUCGAGAAGCAAGAAGGGUACCAAGCUUGGAUUAUUGGUAUAGUUGAGAAGGGUAAUAAAACUGCUCGCAUCAUUGAUAAGCCACGAGUUAUUGAGGUACCGGCUAAGGAUUAAUUUCUUUAACACAUACUUGUAAGCUUUUUAUUAUCUUCAAAUUCGAUUUAUGUAUACAUACCCGUUUUAGAUUUUUCACAUAGUUUUUAGUCCGUAUUUUCUAUAUAACUUCGUUUACCGGCAUUUAUCAAUACAUAUAUCUACACGCAUAUAUGUAGAUAUGUAUAAAUAUAAAAGUACGAGCCCUAUAUUAUUUUCUUCUAAGCCGUGUAAUGGUACUUCAUUUUUUCAAAAAUAAAGAAAAUUUGUGAAGGAUUACGUAUAAUA